UACUAUAGAGUGCUCUCUUCCCUCUGUGUGUAACAUUACCAAAUGUCAUGAAAGAGGCACAAGAAUCUUGCAUAUCUAGGAGCUAUUUUAGUCAACAGGAGUGUUAAAAACAGGGAUAUAAACAAAUUCAAAAUUUCUUCUAUAAGUUUUUGGAAAAAACAUUGAAAUUAUUUAUUGAUGUUGACAUUUAUUUACAUUUAUAUGUUUUAAGAAUUAAAUAUCAAAUUGAAAAGUGUAUUUAACAUUACGAAUAUGGCAUGACUUUAAAUGUUGCUACUACUGGUUCAAUGAUUCAUAUGAUAUCCUGUUCUGUUGACUGUAGGUUUAGACGAAAACAUCAUCCCGGUUAUGGCGCGAGCAAAGUCUGCGUCGGUCCUAGGAACGUCGGCAUUCGGAGGUUUCAACAUGGUGCCGUCAUUACGUCCCCUGGAAACCCUACACAACAAACUAACGAUGAGAGAUAUGGAUUUAUUCUUUGGGCGAGUCACCACUACCAAGUUUACCGCAGUGUCCUCUCCGCCCUAUGGGUCGUCAUCAACCACACCUGUCGUCUCACCAAGACCACCCACUUUUAUCAAAGGUACAGGUAUCAGCCUGCCUUCCUCGAGUAACUCCAGCGCUGGUCCUUCAUCACCAACAUCAGGAUCAACACCAGUCGACCUCGUCAGUCAGCUUCGUCUCUAUAUCAAAGAGAUAGAUUCUGGUCAAUCAGAAAUGCUGACAGGACAAUCAGAAACUGAUUCCAGCCAAUCAAAUGAGUUGACUGAAAAUAAAACCGACAAUUUUGGUAAGACCUGUCCGGUGGUCGCAGACACUGAUGUGGCUAAAUCGUGUGAAUACACUGGAAAUAGAUUCAAGGUCAGUCAGACAGAGAACGGAACACUUCCAGUUAAGUCUGAAAAAAGUGACCAAGCAGAAGUCGCCGUUUCUAAAACAAACUGUCAGCCAGACUGGGUUAGUUCUGAUACACAAAAAUCAGGAAUGGGAUCAGAUACAAAAUCAAAACAGAUCAAUAUGGAACAGGAAGUGACAUCACACGAAGAAAGAAGUAAUACUGAGUGCUCAGGCGGAACUGAUUACGAUAAAAAUGACAAAGAAAUCGGAAAAACGAAAAAGUCUAAAAAUGAUAAAUUUGUAAUAGAUACUGUAAGUGAUGAACAACAUCAUUGUUGCAAAUAGCGGAAUCUCAGUUAUUCAUGAAAACGUUUUUAAUUGGUUUGAGAUGUUGGUGUUGACCGCCACCACAGUUUAAUCGAAAGAUUUACCUCUAAUAUGAAAGAUAUCUGAUUAUCAACAUAAAAAAAAAUAUUGUCACUGCCUAUGUCAUCGUAAGUGGUGAUGUAACCUAACUGCAUGGGAUUCUGUCGAUUUUUAGGUUCUGGUGAAACUGAAACAAAGUUGGAAUAAGUUGUAGCGCAUCGCAGUAUGAUAAGUUAUUCCUGUCGCUGAAUACCCACAAAACGUGUUCUCGUUGGAUGCUGAAUGGAGCAUCAUUUAUGGAUUUAUUUUUGUGUGCUUUUGCACAGCUAUGAUACUGUUAAAGAUAGCGACAUAGAAACACUAUACACUAAUAGAUGAAUAUCAGUAAUACCUUUUCCUAUGUAUUAACUCUCAUGGUAUAUAUAUAAUUAUCAAUAAUAAUACCUAUGUAGGAACUCUCAUGGUAUAUAUGUCAAAUUAUAAAUAAUAAUUCCCUUUCCUAUAUAUAGUAACUCUCAUGGUAUAUAAAUAUAUAUAAUUAUAAAUAAUGACUUUUUCCUAUGUUGUAAUUCUCAUGGCAUUUACCUUUUCUAUUACUGUAAAAGUCACACACAAUUUUUCCCUGUAGGACUUAAUUGUGUUAGACUUUUAACUUUUUACAUCUAAUUAUACAUGUAUUGGACUCGGUUGUUGGGAUGUGACAUAUUCUAUUAUGAUGAUUGUACAAGUUUUUAAGUGUGAAGUAUUCAAAUAUGAUUAAUGUACAAGAUGUUGAGAUGUUAAUUAUUUUAUUAUGAUAAUUAUGUGAGUUGUGGAGAUGUGAAGUAUUCUAGUA